CAAUCAUCUGGCCAAACUUGCCAACCUUUAUAUUGCAAUGUCUCUCGAGGAACUCAUCACCAAAGCUACAAGUGAAACGAACACAGGUGAGGACUGGGGGCUUAUCAUUGAGAUAUGUGAGAAGGCCGAUACCUCUGAGGCUUCAGCCCGUGAAGCAGUCCAGAUUUUAACAAAGCGCGUCCAGCACAGGAAUGUGAAUGUUGUACUAUUUGCGCUUACUGUCGCCAAUUCGCUUGUUCACAACUGCGGGAAGCCUCUCCGACGAGAGAUCUCUUCCCGAGCGUUCGUUGACGCACUGGUUCGCGUGGUCUCAGGCAAAGCAGUACAUGAAGUUGUUAGGACUAGGGUAUUGGACUUCAUUCAACAAUGGGCAGAGGAAUUUGGGCGAGAUCCUUCACUUGGGUUCAUGGUCGACACCUACAAUCAGCUCAAAUCUCAAGGUUACCAGUUCCCGGCACCACAUAAACCCGACGUGGUUAAGACUCAAGCAAUGUUAAGUAAGGAGAAGGAGGAUGAGGAGCUCCAACUAGCGCUGGCCCUGUCUCUGUCCGCCCAAGAAGCAAACAGAUCUGCCAAAACGCCGUCGUCACAACCAGCACAGCAACCUAAACCUAUCCAAACGGGACCGAAAGUCUUGUUUCAAGUUCGAGCGCUCUACGAUUUUCCUGGAGCGGAAGAAGGGGAGUUACGCCUGCAGCGGGGGGAGUAUAUCAAUGUUUAUGAUGCGACGACAUUCCAAGAAUGGUGGAAAGGUGAAGUUCGGGGUCGCAUUGGGAUUUUUCCUUCAAACUACGUGGAAAAGGUGGAAGGGCCAGGGUCUACAGCAGCAGCUGUUGCUGAGGCUUCUCGAGCAUCGAAGGAUGGAGAGUCUGAGGUCCUGGCCAACGCCCGGAAGAUUCAAGACUUUAACCAUCUACUAUCGACCUUGGAUCCAAAGAGAGAUAAUUUCUCGGAGAAUGAAAAUUUGCAGCAACUCUAUCACGAUAUUUUGAUGAUGAGGCCUAAGCUGGUGAAACUUUUAGAAACAUACCGUGCGAAACAAGACGAGCUGAGCGCUGUGAACGAUCGAUUCUCAAGGGCGUGCUCCAUAUAUCACAAGCUUAUGGAUGCAUAUCUCGCUCAAUACCGACAUCCAAAUGUAUACGCCCCACAACAUGGCAAUUCCCAUCCCGGAUACGGUUCGUCAUACGAACAACCGCAAACUAAUUACGGUUCUCCGCAGCCAGGUUACGGUUAUGUCGCGCAGCCUCCCCCAUCUCAACGAGUUCAAGCAUAUCAACCAUAUUAAUUUUGGGUGACGCAACAUAUGUAUUUUCUUGUAUCGUUCCCGCGUAAUUGAAAUAAGUAUUUUGUGCCGGA